UUAUUUACUUUGAGCUGAUAAGCCACAGAGUAUUGUAUCAGCAAAGUAAAAUGCAGCUAAUCUUUGCAAUGUGAGUUUGUAUAAGAGAACAUUUAUUUUAAAGAAUCUGUAGGAAAAGACCAUGCUUUGACACAAGCGUAAGUCAUUCGAGCGGCGGACACAUCAACUGAGGCGCAGCCAGAGUGUAAGCUCUUCAGAAGUUACAUCGCUAGAUGACUGCAGUGUACUUCUCCGAAAUGUGUUUACCCAGAAGCUGUGGCAGUUUACUUACAACUGACGAAUGACAAUAAACAUAUCUACAUUGCAUUAUAAAUUAGGAGAAGUCAGCUGGCGACCUUGAGACCAUGCAGGGUAUCAAACUACCAAUUACUGUAAAUUGCGAAAUAAAUGUGUUACUGGUUGCGGUGACAGCCUUUGGAUUUCUGACAAGACUGUACGGAAUACAGUUUCCCAGAGCUGUUGUAUUUGACGAAGUUUACUAUGGACAGUUCGUGUCUCUGUACAUGAAGCGGGUGUUUUUCAUUGACGAGAGUGGACCACCUUUGGGUCACAUGAUUCAAGCUUUAGGCGGCUACCUGGGAGGGUUUGAUGGCAAUUUUGCCUGGAACAGAAUUGGAGCAGAAUACACCAGUAAUGUUCCUGUAUGGACAUUCAGAGUGCUCCCUGCCCUGGCGGGUUCUCUCUGUGUACCUCUUGGCUAUCUUCUCAUGUUAGAACUGGGAUAUUCUCAUUUCGCUGCAGUGGGAGCAUCCCUGCUCCUCAUCAUGGAAAACUCACUGAUCGUGCAGUCUAGAUUCAUGCUGCUGGAAUCUGUGCUCAUCUUCUUCCUGCUGCUUGCUGUUGUAGCCUACCUGCGCUUCUACAAUGCACCAAACGGUUCAUUGUGCAGGUGGUCGUGGCUCAUUCUCUCUGGGUCCAGUUGUGCAUUUGCAGUUGGAGUAAAAUACAUGGGUCUCUUCACCUACUUGCUGCUGCUUAGUCUGGCUGCGGUUCACGCCUGGCAUCUCAUUGGGGACAAAACCUUAAGCAAUGGUAAAGUGUUGGUGCAGGUCACUGUUCAGCUCCUGGCCCUUGUGGUGCUCCCAGCCAUUAUGUACUUGGGGUUUUUCUAUAUACACCUGACUCUACUGAACCAUAGUGGGCCACAUGACCAGAUGAUGAGCAGUGCUUUUCAAGCCAGUCUAGAGGGGGGUCUGGCGAGGGUCACUCAGGGUCAGCCCCUGGAAGUGGCCUUUGGUUCCCAGGUGACUCUCCGCAGUGGGUCCAGCAAGCCUGUCCCAUGUUGGCUACAUUCCCACAAGGCCAACUACCCAAUCAGAUAUGAAGAUGGACGUGGGAGCUCCCACCAGCAGCAGGUGACCUGCUAUCCUUUCAAAGAUGUCAACAACUGGUGGAUUAUCAAAGACCCAAGAAGGCAGAGCCUGGUGGUGGUCAGCCCUCCCAGACCAGUCAGACAUGGGGAUAUAAUACAGCUGCUGCACGGCAUGACAUCACGAUUCCUCAACACGCAUGAUGUUGCAGCCCCUAUGAGUCCUUACGCUCAAGAAGUGUCUGGUUAUAUUGACUUCAAUGUAUCCAUGCCAGCCCAAAAUCUUUGGAGAGUGGACAUAACAAACAGGGAGUCUGACAGAGACGUGUGGAAGACUAUCUUAUCAGAGGUGCGACUGGUACAUGUCAACACAUCUGCUGUGCUGAAGCUGAGUGGUGCCUCUCUCCCAGAUUGGGGGUUCCGACAGCUGGAGGUUGUGGGAGAUAAAAUCUAUAAAGGUUACCAUCAGAGCAGGCUAUGGAACGUCGAAGAGCAUCGCUAUGGAAGAAGUCAGGAGCAGAGAGAGAGAGAACUGGAGCUCAAGACACCUACUUAUGUUGACAUAAGCAGGAAUCUCACAUUUAUGGCCAAGUUUAUGGAGCUGCAGUGGAAGAUGCUAACAGUGAGAAAUGAAGAGUCGGAGCACAAGUAUAGCUCCUUACCUUUAGAUUGGAUCACCAUGGACACCAAUAUUGCAUACUGGCUUCAUCCAUCAAGUAAUGCUCAAAUCCACUUGAUAGGUAACAUAGUCACCUGGACUCUUGCAAACUUUGCACUGUUUGUGUACGUGCUACUGUUUUUAACUUAUCUGCUAAGACGGCGACGGAAAAUAGAAGACAUUCCCAAAGCCUCAUGGGAGCAGCUGGUGCUGGCCGGUGUUAUAUGCUCUGGAGGAUGGGCUGUUAAUUACCUGCCCUUCUUUUUGAUGGAGAAGACCCUGUUCCUCUACCACUAUCUUCCCGCCGUUACUUUCCAAAUCCUGCAGAUCCCUGUUAUUGUGGAACACAUCUACAUUCAUAUACUGAGAUCUCCCUCUCAUCAGAAAGCGUUUAGUGGUGUUAUCCUGGCAGCCUUGUGCUCGGUGUACCUCUGCUACUGCACCUUCUGCCCCCUUACGUACGGCCAGCCUGAGCUAACCUCAAAGCAGCUGGCGUCAUUGCGCUGGAAAGAGAGCUGGGAUAUUCUCUUUCGCAAGCACUGAUCCCUCGAAUUAUACUCCAUAAAGUUUCCCAAAGACGACCUAAUACAGCUGGGACAGAGAAGAAAGAUGUGCUUCAGAGCCAUGGAUUACAGGAAAGGAAAAUAUGGAGGAAAGACCAGAUAUUACAGUGUGCUUAACAGGUUAAGAAGCUACUCAUUUUAAUUCAGACCACAGGAUAUGAAAUUGCUCUCUAAAUGUCCUGUCUUAGUUACAGAAAUGGAAAGACACUGUUGAAGGUGUUGGAUUCAAAUGUGAAGAUGCCCCUUUAUAGGACUUCAUUCAUAAGAAAUGUCAAACCUGGAAGUUUUCAUUGCUUUAACGAUGUAUUAAGUCUUUUACAUUAGCUAACGUUAAAAAGUUAGUUGUCAGUUUGCUUACCGUAUGAAUGUAACACUCAAAGUGGUAAUUUUAUUGUUUAUUGUCUUUGGGGAUUUGCUACCCCAUUGAGAACAACCUUUGCUGCAAUCCCAAGUCUUACUAAUUCUUGCAUAACACUAACUAAAAUUAAAAAAUAAAGGGUUUUUUAAAAAAAAUUUUUUAACUGCAA